AUGGCCGAAGAUGCGGUUAUGCCAAGGCUGGCCGAAGAUGAUACGUACACCUGGUCGAAAGCCGCCGAUCUAGCGCUCCGCCACACCAUGCACAUCCGUUCGACGGCGAUAUGCAAGACCGACGUGGAGGUCGAGCAAGCGCUGUGUUUAGAAGGGCAAGAGGAGAUCUCGCGUUCUGAUCUUCUCCUCGUUAAUCGCGACGCCCACAUACCGGCGGCUGUGCGCGUGCCCCAUACUCCUCGUGCCAUCCUAGCGGACAUUAAGAGCUUCUCUCCGAAGCUAACGCGUCCUCCCUCCGAUUUCAUCGUCGGCGGGACUCGAAUCUGGCAUUGUCCUCACGUCGGUUGCUCGUACAACAUCAAUCUUGCGCGCCUGACGAAGGACGAGUUCAAAUAUGUCAAGAAGGUAACGAAGGGCUCACCCAUGGCUCUUAUUGUCGACGACGUCGCCGGAGCGCUUGAUGUUCAUCUUCGCGAAGUCGUGGAUAUUCUGGGACUCGCGCACUACGAAGCCGUACAUCUUCGGCUCCUUGGACUGCGUCACGUCAUACACGGCCAAGGCGCGGACGCACGGAUCAGGUACUAUUGGCAGGAGGCGGACCUGGACGCCGCCCUUGUGCGCACGGACAUGCGCGGGAGCGCGGCUCGCCACUACGAGGAGCGCGCUCGCAUGCGCGUCCAGAGUGCUCUAGGCAACGAAGCUAGGCAAUGGUUUGCCUCGCUUGUUCGCCGGCAUCUACUGGAAGAAGACCGGGAACGAAAGGCGGCUCGCGCAGAGCAGUCGGACUACAUACGCAACAACCUGCGCGACCUCGUCAAUCUCAACGUCGAUCGGGUGGACGGUCUGUUCGAGGCACGCGCAUCGCUGGUCAAAGGUCGCUCCCGCAUGAGCACGGCCGUCCGGGAGCCUUACCACGCGCUUGAGCGCGUCUACAAGACCGCCAGAAAAGAGCGGGAUGCACUCAUUGCAGCGGCCGCGCGGCGCACGCGCGAACGCGCUGAGGCGGAAGCCACGCGCCAGUAUUGGAAUGGAGGGGAGGGAUUCCAUAGGUCGGAAUGUCGCGGUUACUCUAUACAGUUGUAUCUGUAG